CACACAUGUGCCAACAACUCCAUGCUUAACCGCCACAUGAAAAACCACUCAGAAGUGAGGUCACACUCUUGCCAGACAUGUGGAGCCUCGUACAAAUUUUUGUACAAAUUGAAACAACAUCUCCUAAAGCAUCCAUCUCACGUUUCAACCACAGAUGUAAAUUUACCGGGAAGGAAGGAAACAUAG